CAUGCGGUGACCACGUGUCUGUGUCCGGCCUGCCAGCGGACCAUGUGGAGCAGCAAGAUGGCGGCGCGGUGGAGGGGGAAUGACGGGAAUUUAAAUGCCGGUAACAGCGACUUUCUGACCAGCAACACUCCCAAUGAGUUGAUCCUGAGUCGUUGUGAUGUGGAAGUUGUGGAGAUGGACGCGCAGUCCUGCGUGGAUCACUCAAUACGGGCCAUUUUUGAAGACUCCGCUGUCGUUUCAGAGGAUAAGAGUGGAGCGGAGGAAGAGAGUGAGACCCUGCUGUCAGCCCUGACUGAGAUGCUGGACAGUGUGGAGGAUGUCAACGGGACUCUGUCUCCCUUUGACACCCUGCCAGACACCAAGCUCCUCACCCACCCAGAGCGCAGGGACAACUCAGUGGAACUGUCACUUGCUGAGAGACUUAGACCGAGAUCCAAAUCAUCAAAUGUAACAUUCACAAUUAACAUUGAUGGAGAAAAGGAAGAUAAGAGCAAAACAGAGAGAAAGAGCCCUCCACAUCUGUACAAACAACAAAUUCGGACAUUGUUUCACGCCAGAAAUAAGAAAGCAGAGGCUGAAGUCGAGGUCUUCACCACAACGUCUCUCGUCAACCUGGUGAAUCUCAUGCACCCUUAUUGUCUGAAGCUGCACGUGGAGGAGGAGGGGGAUAAACUGAGGAGGAAUCACACAUUAUUCUCUCAGGAGGAGGUGUGGAAGUAUGAGAGACCCACCGAAGAGAGCGAUGAAGAGAUAAAUGUUGUGUCUGAUGACGAGGUAACUGUGAAAGAGACAAAGGAGGAAGAAGAAUGUGAUAAUGGCAAACUCUUGAAGAGUGCGUUGCUGAAUGGAAACUCACCCAGAGCUCCACCAUCCAGAGGGAAGAAAAGGGUGAGCUUUGGCCCUGUUCAAGUGUCUUCAUUUGAUGAAUCAGUGGAAAAGGGAUUGAAAGAGCAAAAUCUAACAAGUGGACACACAAGUGAAACGGUUCCACUGAACAGCACAAAAGCACUUGAAAAUCCAACUAGCUCAGCAUUUGUACCUCAAACAUCGUCCUCAGAAAUGAACAAGGCUGAGGUUCUGCCACCCAAAGGUGAGACAAAGGCCAAGUCACUCAGCCUUCAACAGUACAGACAGCUGCGCCAAAAGAGACAACCCCUGGUGGAGAAACAGGGGAACUAUACCACCAAGUGGCCCUCUGUUUCUGAGCCCCCGAAGGAGCUGACCCCCAUCCUCUGUUUACAGGGACAAACACACAACGGCUGUGGACCAAAGACGGCACACCAUUAUGCAGAUGGUAGGAGAAGUGGCGCCAAUCAGCUCCCCACCUCUGCUCCACCUAGGCCUCACCCCUCAGAGGUCAAACCAUCUGCUCUUCUACGUCGCAGCGGGUUAAAACGCCCCAGGACUGAAUCCAAAAUCAUCUCCCCUGCCAGUCCGCUGCCAGACGUCACAGCUAACCUACCGGUGAAUGUUAUUGUGCCAGAAAGCAAAAACAGUCCAGCAAAGAAACCCACCGUGCUCAGUAUUGAUCCCCCAAAUCCUGUCCUCCUUCCCCUCCCAGUUAGCCAAACAACAUCACCAUCCACUGACCGCUCCUCCCCACCAGAGUCGAAAGUGGAGUUCAAGCACUUUCAAGAAAUCCAAAAUGAAUCCUCAGUCAUACCUCUUCAACAACAGCCAUCCUCCUUAGGGCAAAAGCUUAAGGUGUUAAAACCUCGGGUCUGCACCAUCCUGUUUCAGGAAAUUCAAAACAAGUUUACUAAGAUAGCUUCAGGUGUCUCCUCAAGGUCUCCAGCACUGUGCCCAACCACAACACAAAUCCAAACUUCUUCAGAGUGCAAGAUACUACAGUCUCAGAAAUGCAGUCUGAUCCCGACAGAGGAAAUCAAACUGGAACCAAAGACUCCUCUGUCGCAAAGUGCAGAGACAGUGAGGCAAACCAAGUGUCCUUCCUUCUCAUCACAUAUUAGUCAGCUGCCUACUCCGGUAGAUGCUUGCAUACCAGUAAAGGAGACACUGUCAGAGGUUCUUCCCAGUAAAUCCCCGCCUGAGGAACCAUCUCCUCCUCUUCAGUUUGGCUGCAGAGUGCAGAGUGCAACCACUGACUCAGGAAUUGAAGCGCCAGAUCUGACCAGCCUGCUGGAACAGUUUGAGGAAACACAAGCCAAAGAGGAGAGAGUGGAGCCCAAACUUAUAAAUGCCACUUCACCUUCAAACCUACAAACAGAAGGAGGCCUGAACAGAACUGAGCCUGUAGGAACAGAGCGAGCCUCCACAUUACCACUGACGCCCCCUGUGGAAACACUUAAGCCUUUAAGCACUUCAGAAUCACCUGGGACUCCGGAAACCCUCAGGAAUAUACUGCAUCUUCAAACGUCAGAGGAUGUGGACAUACCAGAGCCCCUCGGCACUGAAAUCAUCCUUAGCACACAACAUGAUCUGCCAGCAAGACGCAAAAAUCCUCCAUCCAAGGCCAUUCAGAUAAUUGACCCCCGUCCUUUACCGUCCAAAAAGACUCACAGUAACCUUUCAGAGUUCCCUGCUGCUCACACCUCUCCUCACCUAUAUUCAUCUAUAUCCUCCGAUCACAACUACUGCGGACCUCUAGACCGUUCACCCACAAGUGCUACUCAGUGGAGCAGAGCCUCUAAACUCAAGGAUAUCACUAAAACCACAGAUAAAUUGCAGGUUAGCACCCACGACUCAAAUGCUGCUGCUGAAUGCCAAAAACAGACCUCCAUCAGUGACAUUGACCCCAACAUCAGGGCUGUUGAUGACUCUGCAAAGUCUGUCACGCAGCCUUCCUCUGAGGAAUCGAGGACCAGAUCAGAGUCAGCAGACAAAGUUCUGUCACUUUCAGACAGCGCUGCCACAAAGCAAGACUGUGUUCAUGCCACUGAAGACAAGAGGGCCCCAUGCGCCCUCCCUACACCUCCACCCAGCCCUCCUGUCAGAGGGAGGAACAAAAGGAGGUAUCGGAGAGGAUCUCCUCGUUCUGAUUCUAGCUCCAGCUCUUGUUCCUCAUCGUCGUCCUCCUCCUCCAGCUCUGCAUCUCGAUCUCCAAAAAGACAAAAGCGCCAUCACAAGCGUUCAGAGAGCAGUUCAUGUUCAUCGUCCUGCUCUUGCUCCCGCUCCCCACCUCGGCGGCGCUACAGGUGGUCUUAUUCUAGAUCAAGAUGCAGUAGGUCGAGAUCCAGAUCUUGGUCCCGUUCAAGGUCCCCAUCCAUAUCCCAAUCACCAUCCCCACGGAUGUGCCAUAGGCAGUGGGGAGAAGUUUGCAGCAGCAGAGACUCUAGGAGGCUCAGGAGAGAGCACGAGAUCAGGAUUCAGAAACUUAAAGCCAUAGACGAGCGCAGGGUGGUGUAUGUCGGACGCAUCUGCAGGUCUAUGACACACAGCGAACUGAGGGAACGCUUCUCUCAAUUCGGAGAAGUAGAAUGUGUGUCUCUUCACUUUAGAGAAAGAGGUGACCACUACGGCUUUGUCACAUUCUACAACAUGGAUGAUGCUUUUGCGGCCAUUGAUAAUGGCAGCAAACUACGGAGACCUAACGAGCUGCCGUUUGACCUCUGCUUUGGUGGAAGAAGACAGUUCUGUAAUUCAGACUAUGCUGACCUAGACGCAAACAGAGAUGCGGACCCGUCUCCUGCCAAGAGCAGGUUUGAGGACCUUGACUUUGAUUCGCUGCUGAAACAGGCCCAGGGCGGAUUAAAGAGGUAGCAGAGCUGUGUGGAAGGACGAGUACACCAAGCUGGAUGUGGCAGAGAUAAAAAGAACCUCAGGGCCUUGUGCUCCAGUUAUGUAGCAAACCUUUGUAUGUUAGUAGUUUUUGCAUGUUUUGACCCUUAUAUGCAUGCAGUUUAUGAUGUGUACAGUUAACAUGUCAAAUAUGUAGCACUGUUAAUUUGAUAACGUUAUUAGUGGAGCCCACUAAACAUUUUUGUUGCGAUUCCAUAACACUGAUAAUGUUUUAUAUAUUUGUAUAUAAAAAAAUAAAGGCUCUUUAUUGUG